GGUCGUCAGGGGACCGCGGCCCGCUCCUCCUCCAGUCUGUGGCCAGAGUCGGAACUGCAGCGGCCGCGGACUGGAGCCGCUGCGCGUGCGCUGGAGCCGGCGGAGAGGAGGAGCGGGGACCCUAGGGGCCGGGAUGGGUGUGGGGACGAGGCCGGGUGGCCAGACCGACUACGAGCCCGCGGCCCCCGAGGGGCACUGUGGGGAGAGUUUCUAAGCUGCCCCCGCGCGGGUGGGGCAGAGAACGUCACCGGCCGCACCCUGGCCGCCGAAGCUGGCACCGGGGAGCCCAAGCCGGCUCCCGGGGUGUGAGGGACGCUGAGGCGGCAGAGCAGGAGGGGGCGGACGGCCGCAGUCGGAGCCGGUCCGACCCGGCCCUUCCGCUGCUGCGCGGUUCCCCCGCCUAGGAAAAGGAGCGGGCAAAAAUGUGCCUAGUCACGGGGCUGCUCUCGGGGGAGCUGAGGUCUUCGCUGGGGUGCGUUCCAGAGCCCCUCCUCUGUCGCUGCCCCUCCCCGGGUCCUGCGACCUCCGCGCCGAGGGCCUUUGCGGGGCUUGCAGACCCCACCAGGCCGUCUAUGGGUUCUCGGUUACGAAAUAAUCAGCUGUCAAUCCAUGAAAUCACUCUUUGGUCAGCCUUGAGCUAGAAAGCCCAGCCCCCAGGGGAGGGAGGAAGUCCUGACGGCCCGUCGUGCUUGGAGCCUCGACGUGCGGCUGCCGGGCCGAGGGAGAGGUUGGGGCUCGUGGACCUUGGGCCGGACCCGGCAGCCCCUCGAGGGAGGUGGGAGAGAGGGCAGCGGACACUGAAGUCGGAGUGCGCGGCGCCCGGGGCUUCCCUUUCCGGACGAGGUGCCUCCCGGUGUUGCACGCCGCGUGCGUGGCCUCGGCCGCCUCAGCCUCCGUGACAGUGGCCGGUUGGUUGUCACGGCGGCCCUCGGUUGGCCCUUUCCUGCUUAUAGCGUGCAAACCUCGCCGCGCCGGGGCCAAGGGACAAGUUGGAGCUGUUGAUCUGUUGCGCAAUCGUUAUUUUCCCCAGAGCGGCUUUGUCUUUGGAUUUAGCGUUUCAGAAUUGCAAUUCCAAAAUGUGUAAGGCAGGAUAUUCUGUUCUGUGCUGUCAAGGGACAUGGAGUUGAUUGACAUACUUUGGAGGCAAGAUAUAGAUCUUGGGGUAAGUCGUGAAGUAUUUGACUUCAGUCAGCGGCGCAAGGAGUAUGAGCUGGAAAAACAGAAAAAACUUGAAAAGGAAAGACAAGAACAACUCCAAAAGGAGCAAGAGGAAGCCUUUUUCGCUCAGCUACAACUAGAUGAAGAGACAGGUGAAUUCCUCCCAGUUCAGCCAGCCCAACACAUCCAGUCAGAAACCAGUGAAUCUGCCAACUACUCCCAGGUUGCUCACAUUCCCAAACCAAAUGCUUUGUACUUUGAUGACUGCAUGCAGCUUUCGGCAGAGACAUUCCCGUUUGUAGAUGACAAUGAGGUUACUUUGGCUACAUUUCAAUCACUUGUUCCCGAUAUUCCCAGCAACAUUGAGAGCCCAGUCUUCGUUGCUCCUAGUCAGACUCAGUCACCUCAAAUUCAUGACCCUCAGGCAGCUGUUGCCCAUAUAAACGAUAUGCUGCAGGACGUUGAUCAAGUUUGGGAGGAGCUAUUAUCCAUUCCAGAAUUACAGUGUCUUAAUAUUCAAAAUGAAAAGCUAGUUGAGACUAGCACUGUUGCAAGUCCAGACACUAAACUGACAGAAAUUGACGACAAUUAUCAUUUCUACUCGUCGAUCCCGUCACUGGAAAAAGAAGUGGGUGACUGCAGUCCACAUUUUCUCAAUGCUUUUGAGGAUUUCUUUGGCAGCAUCCUACCCACAGACGACCCCAACCAGUUGACAGUGAACUCAUUAAAUUCAGAUGCCACAAUAAACCCUGAUUUUGGUGAUGAAUUUUAUUCUGCUUUUGUAGCAGAGCCCAGUAUCAGCAACAGCACGCCCUCUUCUGCUACUUUAAGCCAGUCACUCUCCGAACUUCUAAACGGGCCCAUUGAUGUUUCUGAUCUAUCACUUUGUAAAGCUUUCAACCAAAACCACCCUGAAAGCACAGCAGAAUUCAAUGAUUCUGACUCUGGCAUUUCAUUGAACACAAGUCCCAGCAUGGCAUCACCAGAACACUCAGUAGAAUCUUCCAUCUAUGGAGAUACACCGCUUGGCUUCAGUGAUUCUGAAAUGGAAGAGAGAGAGAGUGCCCCUGAAAGUGUCAAACAGAAUGGUUCUAAAACACAGCCAGUACAGUCUUCUGGAGAUACAGUCCAACCCCUGUCACCGUCUCCGGGGCACAGUGCUUCAGUGCAUGAUGCCCAGUGUGGAAACACCCCAAAGAAAGAAUUGCCUGUAAGUCCUGGUCAUCGAAAAACCCCAUUCACAAAAGACAAACAUUCAAACCGCUUGGAGGCUCAUCUCACAAGAGAUGAAAUAAGGGCAAAAGCUCUCCAUAUUCCAUUCCCUGUGGAAAAAAUCAUUAACCUCCCUGUGGAUGAUUUCAGUGAAAUGAUGUCCAAGGAGCAAUUCAAUGAAGCUCAACUUGCACUAAUUCGAGAUAUACGUAGGAGGGGUAAAAAUAAAGUGGCUGCUCAGAAUUGCAGAAAAAGAAAACUGGAAAAUAUAGUAGAACUAGAGCAAGAUUUGGAUCAUUUAAAAGAUGAAAAAGAAAAAUUGCUCAAAGAAAAAGGAGAAAAUGACAAAAGCCUCCACUUACUGAAAAAACAACUCAGCACCUUGUAUCUUGAGGUAUUCAGCAUGCUACGUGAUGAAAAUGGAAAACCUUAUUCUCCUAGUGAAUACUCCCUGCAGCAAACUAGAGACGGCAAUGUAUUCCUUGUUCCCAAAAGUAAGAAGCCAGAUGUUAAGAAAAACUAGAUUUGGCAGGAUUUGACCUUUUCUGAGUUAGUGGGGUUUUUUUUUUUUUUAAACUGUUAUACUAAAAACUACUGUGACAGGAAAUGCAGAAAUAUGUAAUUCUAUGCAAGAUUAUAAGCAAAACUAGUAUAGGAAAUAAUAUAAAACUUUAAAAAACAUUAAAAUGAAAGUUACCAGUAUGUUGAAUCAGUAGUUUCACUUUAACUGCAAACUUAAUUUCUUAGAACACCAUUUGGGCUAGUUUCUGUGUAAGUGUAAAUACUAGAAAACUUCUUAUUUAUACUGUUCUUAUUCAAUACAUUCACAGAUUUAUAUGAUAUGACAUCUGGCUAAAAGCAAAUUGUUGCAAAACUAACCACUAUCUUUUUUUUUUACAAAUACAUUAUGAACAAAAAAAGGCAUUUUUUAUAUUAAAUUGUUUAACUCUGGCAAAAAAAAUUAAAAAGCUGGUACUAAUAAAGGAAUAUUAUGACUGUUA